GACACACAAGACUGAGGUACCGUUUAUUGCAUCACCAAAAGAGAGAGGGGAGAGAAGGGAGAGGAUAAGAAGUGAAAGGAGAGCAGUAGGGAGAGUGACAGCAGUGCAGGGGGAUAUAACAGCACCGUGAACAGCAAUAAGCCGGAUAAAAACCCAAAAAAACACAAAAAUAGACCCAGAAACGAUAAAUGAAGUGACGGGAUAGGGCCGAGUCAGGGGGCCGAGUUAUGGCGGUAUGUGGCAGCUCAACCUUACUUAGCCGCCUCAUUCCUCGCUCCAGGCCGCAGCUAGCCACACUUAGACCCCUGCACGGCUUAAAGCAAGGAUUCCGGCAGGGUAGGGCAGUAUUAGCGCCCUCCUAUUGCCGUGUGGUAGCUCAGAAGAGAGUGAAAACCCUGGGUGUGUGUGGCAGUGGGCUGAGGGUAGAGACAGGGCCGGGGCAGUCUUCCAUUUCAAGCAUGGCUCCUAUUAACACAGGGGGCCUCCAGCCGGCUCAGGUGGUGGAAAAAUGCAUCGCUGAGAAUAAAGUAAUGGUGUUUAGCAAGUCCUUCUGCCCGUUUUGUCAUAAGGUCAAGGAUCUCUUCAAUAGUCUCAGUGUACCAUUUGAAGUGCUGGAGCUGGACCUUGUGGAAAACGGAAGCGCAAUUCAGGGGGCACUGCAAGAAAAAUCUGGCCAACGCACUGUACCAAAUGUUUAUGUGAAUGGUGAACACGUGGGCGGCGCAGAUGACUUUGGUGCGCACGCUCGUGGUGACCUGAUGAAGCUGGUGAACAAGGCAACCCACUCCUAUGACUACGACCUGCUGGUGAUCGGGGGCGGCUCAGGUGGUCUGGCUGCGUCCAAGGAGGCAGCUGGCUUGGGGGCUAAAGUUGCUGUGUGUGAUUUUGUGCAGCCCACCCCCCGAGGCACCACCUGGGGGCUGGGGGGGACCUGUGUCAAUGUGGGAUGUAUACCGAAGAAAUUGAUGCACCAGGCUGCUCUCUUGAAGGAGGGGCUGAAGGACUCGAGGGACUAUGGGUGGCAGACUCCAGAGGGUGUGAGCCACGACUGGAACAAGAUGGUGGAGGGGAUUCAGAACCACAUCGGGUCACUCAACUGGGGCUAUCGUGUGGCGCUGAGGGACAAGAAGGUGGAUUACCUCAAUGCUUAUGCCACCUUUCUUGACGACCAUACGCUGAAGACCGUCGACAGGAGAGGCAAAGAGAAGACUAUAACCACAGAUAAGGUCCUGCUGGCGACGGGGGGCAGACCACGCUAUCCUGACAUCCCCGGGGCUAAGGAACACUGCAUCACCUCUGACGACAUCUUCUCCCUCCCCUACCCCCCCGGCAAGACCCUCCUGGUGGGGGCAUCCUAUAUCUCCCUAGAGUGUGCUGGGUUCCUCGCUGGGCUGGGCUACGAUGUCACUGUGAUGGUGAGGUCAAUCUUGCUGCGAGGAUUUGACCAGCAGAUCGCGGAGAAGAUCGGAACUUAUAUGGAGCAGCAUGGAGUCAAGUUCAUUAGAGGUGCUGUGCCGACUGCUGUGGAGAAGGUAGAGGAAGGCAGCCCAGGUCUUCUGAAGGUGACAGCCACCACGGGGGGGGAGGAGGUGGUGGGGGAGUACAACAGUGUGGUGGUGGCAAUAGGAAGAGACCCAUGCACUGCUAACAUCGGCCUGGAGAAACUCGACAUGAAGCUGGCCAAGAGUGGCAAGGUGGCGGUGGAUGAGAGGGAGCAGUCAUCCGUUCCUCACAUCUACGCAGUGGGUGAUAUUAUAGAGGGCGGCCAUGAGCUGACACCCGUGGCCAUACAAGCGGGCCGGCUGCUGGCUAGGCGUCUCUAUGGCAACGGAACACUGCUCACAGACUACGACAAGGUCCCCACCACAGUGUUCACCCCCCUGGAGUACGGAUGCUGUGGGCUGUCGGAGGAGGCAGCCAUGGAGCGUUACGGAGAGGAGAACAUUGAAGUUUAUCACACAAAUUACCAACCCUUAGAGUUCACCGUUGCCCACCGCCCGGAGAACGACUGUUAUGCUAAGCUGGUUUGCCUGAAGACUGAGAACAAUCGAGUGCUUGGUUUCCACAUCCUGGGUCCAAACGCAGGAGAAAUCACUCAAGGGUUCGCGAUUGGAUUGACUAAACGCACCAAGGCAGAUUUCGAUAACCUUAUUGGAAUUCAUCCCACGACUGCUGAGGUGUUCACAACUCUCUCAGUGACAAAGAGCAGCGGUGGGGACGUCAACGCACAGGGUUGCUGAGGUUAAUUAUGCUGCGUUGUGCUGUGAACGCCUUAACACACACACGCACACGCACACCGCAGGCUCUCUGUCUGUGUGUGUGUGUGUGUGUGUGUUUGGGGCGUGUAAGCAAACGUAGCGUGUUUUUAUGUGUUUAUCUUGGGUUUUGAGCGAGUCAG